UUGCGUGCGCUCCACCAGAGGACCCAAACUAAUCAGCACCAGCCUUUGUAUGAGUUUUUCUUUUUAAAUCAGAGUUUUGUUAAAGCUUGGCUCUCUUUAAAGUCCCAAUGGAUGCUGCUGUGAAUCGGCCAACCCGUCCACACUCUAUAGACAGUGUAAGAAGACUGUCUACCCAAGGCUGCUUUGAGAACACCCUGAAGUUUAUUUGUGAAUUUAAGCCUGGUGAUGAGGAUCAGGAUAUCAGCAUGGGCUGCGAGCCGAUAUCAGUCACCCUCCCUGCACAGUGUAGUGUCUACCAAUUGAGGCUACGCAUCUGUAUGGAGGCACAGGAGCAAAACUGCCACCCAGACCCUUUUGCAAUAUUGGACCCCGAGAAAUACAGCCUGCUCUAUGCCAGGGGUGGCGACUGGUAUGAAGCCUACGAUGACUGUCAGGUUAUCAGGACAUUAGACAUUCCAUGGUCACGUAAUGACCCUCAUUGCCUAUCAGCACGCAUAAUAGUAAAACCGCCUGUGGCAGUUGAUCCAGAGGAGAACGAGAAACAACAGCAGUGCCUGACUUAUCUGAUCGGACAUGACCUGGAGAAAGAAGCAUCUGAUAGACUUGGUGAGCUCACCUUCACCCGUCGGAAACUGGCAUCUGCUAGGAAAAAAGAGCUGAAGAAACGGGAUGACAAGUUGUAUGCCACAGAGCCUUGGAUAACGCAUACCGCCUUACCAGAAGAACUACAAGAAUGGCAGAACAGAGACUUUCCUGUCACUUUCCACUACAUGAGCAGGAUCAGCUUCAGCAUAAAGGCUGACCUCAGCACAACACCACAACUACUUCUUAAAGUUUUUGAAAGGGUGAUGAAUGACCGAGGGAUUAAAUACGAUGGGCCUGACAAUCUCGUGUUGAAAGUUGCAGGCAGGGAGGAGUUUUUAUCUGGAGACUACGCCCUGAACGAUUUCCUCUGGGUGCGACAGUGCCUGAAAACCAACCAAGAGCUUCACCUCUUUGUUGUCCCCGUGUCGCAGCUUCCCUCGGAGGCUGUCAAAUUUGUGGACUGGCCACUUGUUGAUGGUUUUAGCGGCCAGUUCAGUUCCCACAAUGAUCUCAGCCUUAAAGGGAAGGAUUUGGAUGACAUCUUCAUGAUAUCCUUGUGGGACUGCAACAGAAAUUUCAGAGUCAAAUUGCUUGGAUUUGAUAUCCCACAACUUCCAAGCAAAUGCCCUCAGUCUGUUUAUGUUGAAGCAUCCAUACUCCAUGGUAACAAGGUCCUCUCUUCAGUGUCCUCCAUUCCCAAGCCCCUUUCAGAUGAAGUGCUGUGGAAUGAGUGGCUGGACUUUGAUGUUCUUCUUAGGGAUCUGCCACGUGGAGCUAAGCUGGGUCUCACUAUUAACGAAAGUCCUAGUGACAUGUCUGCAGCAACAAAAGUCCCAUCGCCUUCAAGCAACAAAACAAUAGACUUGCUGAAAGGGAGAGGAAAAGUGCUCUACUUUGUCAACCUACUCCUCAUAGAUCACAGGUCUGUUCUGAGCCAGGGGCCCUACACACUGCACAUGUGGUCACACCCUGGCCUGGAUGAUGAGGCCAUCACCUACCAAGCAGACAAGCUGUCAACUGCUACUAACCCAGACAUAGCUGACUCCAUGGCUAUCAGCUUCCUUUUAGACCGCUACAGCUUUCCUGUGGUUGUCCCAAAUACUGUUACCAACUCUGAAUGUUCCAAUUCCAGAGAACAUGAGAAUCACGAAUCUCAUGUCCCCCCACCCUUGCCUAUCAAAAGAUAUUCUUUGCCAGCAAACUCACUGGCUGACAAUGUAACUCUCAAAUCCCCAACUACAGCCAUCAACACCAAAAAGCCAUGCCUCAGAAGGUUUCGGGAGGAGAGUGUCCGUUAUGCCUCCAGUCUACCCCAGUACUUGCGUAAUGUUGACUGGAUGAACCGCAAUUCGGUUGAAGAUGUCCACUGGCUACUGGGAUACUGGCAAUCUGAGGAACUGGAUGUAACAGUGGCAUUGGAGCUACUAAGCAUGGAUUUUGCAGAUGAGUUUGUCAGGAGACUGGCAGUGAAGAGACUGGAGAGUCUGUCGAAUGAUGAUGUGCUGAAGUAUUUGCUUCAGCUUGUGCAGAUCCUAAAAGUGGAACCUUACCAUGACAGUUUCCUUGCUCGGUACCUCAUCCAAAGAGCUCUGCGGAGCAAAAGAAUCGGACACUUCUUCUUCUGGUACGUUCGCAGUGAGGUAGCAGGGUGCCCGUAUUUCCGACAGCGCAUGGCUGUGAUUCUGGAGGCCUACCUGCUGGGCUGUGGUCAGGCCAUGCUCGACAGCUUCACCCAGCAGGUCCAGGCGGUGGAGGCCCUGCAGGAGGUCGCUGUCAUCAUUAAAAACCUGUACCCUGACAAGACCAACCUUGAUUCUACAACUCCCUUCCGGCUUCAGGGACUUCUUAGAGACAGUAACCUGCCAAAUGAAUUCUUGCUGCCCUUUGACCCUCGCAUUAAAUGUGGAAGGAUCCUGCUCGAUAAAUGCAAAGUAAUGGCCUCAAAGAAGAAGCCUCUGUGGCUGGAGUUCUCUCCCAUGCCAUCGCCUACCUCCGCCACACCUGUUGGAAUAAUCUUCAAAGAGGGGGAUGACCUCAGACAGGACAUGCUGGUCAUUCAGGCACUGGUGCUGAUGGACUCCAUCUGGAAGGAGAAAUCCCUGGACCUCAAUCUUGUUCCAUAUGGCUGCAUCUCCACUGGACACAACAUAGGUAUGAUUGAGAUUGUGAGGAAUGCAACAACGAUCGCUGCGGUCCAGAGGAGCCAAGGAGGAGCAACUGGAGCCUUCAAAAAUAAUGCUCUGUUUGAGUGGCUCAAGUCCAAGUGUCCACUACAGGAAAUUCACUUCAAGAACGUGGAGAGAUUUGUGAAUUCCUGUGCUGGUUACUGUGUGGCCACAUAUGUACUGGGUAUAGGCGAUCGACACAAUGACAACAUCAUGAUCAGAGAAGACGGGAACUUGUUUCACAUUGACUUCGGACACAUCCUGGGUAACAGGAAGCACUUUCUUGGCGUGAACAGGGAGCGAGCACCUUUCGUCCUCACACCUGACUUCCUGUAUGUCAUGGGCAGGGUCGAUGGUCGCAACAGCCUCUACUUUCAGCGUUUUAGGGACACCUGCACAGAAGCAUACCUCUCCCUGCGCUCCCACUCUCGUCUGUUGGUGACUCUUUUCUCCCUCAUGCUGCUCACGGGCAUCCCAGAGCUGAGCGCUGCAGAGGAUAUGCGCUACUUGCGGGUGGCACUCCAGGAGGAGCAGAAUGAGGCAGAUGCCAGGGAGCACUUUCUCCAACAAAUCUCUGAGUGUGAGAAGCUGGGCUGGACUGUGCAGGCCAACUUCUGGAUCCACAUGAUGGGAGGCAUCAAGUAGACUAAUGCAUUUUGCUCUGCCUUAAAAAUAAGUGAACGUUUUUCUGUGGAAGCUUUUUAGUUUUACAGGUGUAUUUUUUAUAUUUAUGUAAUAUCACUGAGCCUUGGGCUGUUUUUACAGGAAGUAAGGGGGUGGGAAACUUGUGUAUAAACAAUGGAUAUCUGUCAUAACUUAGAAUCUGCUGUUUAUUGUAAAAUCUGUAGAAGGGUUAUAAUUCUCAUAUAAUACUCAAAUAAAAACUAGACUCUAAAAAAGAAAGAAAAACUGAAAGGAUAUGGUGUACUUAGAAAUAUGACCACCAAUAAAAUAAAAAUACAGUUUAGUUUUAGUCUAUGUCAGCUUGGUACACAUGUUUAUUAAGACUAGAGACAAACUGAUUUUUAAAACCAGUACCAAUACCAUUAUUUUGUGAUUUAAAA